AAAGAACUGAUUAGGGAAAAUAUGUUCGAGUCUUUUCCUUACUCUUAUUUUCUACCUCUUAUGGAGUCUUCGAGUUGAGUUUUCAGCUGCUCAAUUCCGUGCAUAAACCCAUUUGAAGAUAUAGAAUAAUUUAUCAUUUCAUUUGUAAAGCUUACAAACAUGCAUCUAUAAGAGAGCUGACGGUCGCGCUUACAUUUCCAAAUCUGGGGGUGAAGUCAGUUUAUGAAUUCUAUGAAUUUUAUAGCUGUAGUGUAUAAAAUAAAAUAAAUGUUACACAUUUAUAAAUUAAUUCCUUCUGCAGCCUCAUUGUGUUUAAUCCAACAUAAAAUCUUGGGCGAUUAGGCCACGUUGGUCUAUUGUGAAAACAUUGCCCAGAAUACCAAAGUAGAUAUCAAGUUGUUUGUUCUCAUUGAUGACAAUUAAAAUUUAAACCUAAAAAUAAGUCAGUUUAUAAGAAAGGUUUGAAAGGUUUUCAUUCUAAUUAUCUUUUAUUCCUGAUUUUCGAGUAUAUUGUCAUUUUAAAAUGUCAAUCAUUGGUUUGAUCAAAUAUUAACAAUAAUAUCCAAAUCGUGCGCAUUGUAUCUUUUAUAUCGAAUCGAUUUUUUUUGCGAUUGUUGGUAGCAUUGUAACGUACGUGAUCUGAAUGCACAGGCAGUUCCGACGCUUAGUCUGUUUUUGAUAAGUGAAUGAAUCGGACAUACUUAUAGCGAUUUUUGUGAGGGGAAAUGUCAUCGCAAAGAAUUUGUCUAAAGUUUUGCGUUAAAAGUGGAAUUAAGUGCAGCGAAGCAGUGAAAAUGUUAAGAAAGGCUUUUGGUGACGCGGCCAUGUCACAACCCCGAGCAUAUGAAUGGUACAAACGCUUCCAGGAAGGUCGACAAGAUGUCGAAGAUGACGCAAGGCGUGGACGUCCUAGCACGUCUAUUACUGAUGACAAUAUAGCGAAAAUUAAAGACAUCAUACUUUGUAAUGGCCGAGUCACGAUUAGAGAAGCCGCUCAAGAAACAGGAAUUUCAUAUGGAUCUUGCGAAGCUAUUUUUACUAACGUUUUGAAUAUGAAACGUGUAAUAGUAAAAUAUGUCCCAAAACUGCUAGAUUUUCAGCAAAAACACUAUCGCUUAGCUUUCGCUGAACAAAUGCUUGCUGAGGUCUCUGGCGACCCGCAUGUGCUCAAACGUGUUAUAACUGGCGAUGAAAUGUGGUUAUAUGCCUACGACAUUGAAACGAAACAUUCUGAAGAGCCAAGACCGAAAAGAGCUCGUAAAGUCCGUUUGAAUGUGAAGGUGUUGAUGAUCGCUUUUUUCGAUUACAAUGGCUUAGUACACUGCGAGUUUUUGCUACCUAAUGAUAUAAAAAACAAGCGUUACUACCUUGAAGUUUUAAGAAAUUUACUUGAGGCAAUUCGGCAAAAACGCCCCGAUCUUCGGACAGAUAGCGCCUGGAUCCUGCAUCAUGAUAGUGCACGGAUACAUAUCGCCUUGUUUAUCGAACGCUUCUUAGCGGAACAUAAAAUCGUUGUGAUGCCGCAACCACUUCAUUCCCCAGACUUGGCUCCCUGCGACUUUUUCCUAUUCCCCAAGGUCAAAAGUAUACUUAAAGGGCAACAUUUUUCGUCCAUAGAUAAAGUAAAAGCAAAAUUGCAUACCGAGCUUAAAAAGAUACCCAAGGACGCAUUCUGUCAAUGCUUUGCAGACUGGCAGCAGCGUUGGCGGAAAUGUGUUAUAUCAAAGGGCGGUUACUUUGAAGUGUUUAAGACCAUUAAAAGGAAAAGAAAGGCAACAGCAUUUUACGCGCCUAAAUGAUAAUAAAAAGAAGAAAAUGUUAAAGAAAUAUUAAAAGUGAAAAAAAAAAACGGAAAAUAUAACUGCUCUUAUUGUUUUCAAGCGAUAGCAAAAAAAUAAAAAUAGUAUUCAUUUCCGUUAGAAAAAAAAAAAAAAA